AUGUGUUACUGUGUUUCAGAUCUGAAGGCGGAAGUGAAGCCACUGCGAGGGAGAGAAGGGCAGACUGUCACGCUACACACGGGACUUGCCAAACUACAGAGUGACGCAAAGAUAUUUGGGCUAUUUGGGCCAGUCCGCCCAGAGAUAUUCAUUGUUGAGAGUCAUGCCUUCAGAGGAGAAAUUAUAACUGAGUACAAAGGGAGAUUCCAAGGCAGACUUCAGCUGGACAGAGAGACUGGAUCUCUCACCGUCAGAAACCUCACCAGCAUCGACACUGGACUUUAUCAGCUUCAAAUCAUCAGUGAACAGGUCACCUACCACAAUUUCAUUUUCACAGUCUACGCUUCAGUGCCUACUCCUAACAUCAGAAACACCCCACAUAAUCCCUCAGUCGACAGUCGGUUGGUCAGUGGGAGCUGUCCUGUGGUGUGUUCUGUGGUGUGUUCUGUGAUGUGUUCUGUGGCGAACGGGAAAGAGGUAACCUUGUCCUGGUACAGAGGAGAGGAGAAACUGAACAAUACAAGUAGUCCCCAUCAGGCCGACCGGUCUCUCCCUCUGGAAAUUAAAGGAAAAAACAGUGACACCUACAGCUGUGUAGCAACCAACCCGGUCAGUAACCAGACAACCAUACUUAGCAUUGAGGAGCACUGUCUGCAACAUGCAGUGACUGUGCCCGGUGCAUCUGGUGCGAUCAGUCCUGUCUGCCCUGGUGGACUUGACUCUCUGGGGUAUCACUAUUUAAAAAAACUGUCCAUAGUUUUGCAUGGACUUGAACAGUGUGAUGAUAUUGUCAUUUACAUGACGUAACAAAUGUCAUGACAUAAUGAGAAGAAAAAACAAGCACCCUUACCUUUCAUGAACUAACACUUGUACUUGUAUUUUCUUACUAGUACUGACUUUGCUGAUAGCUACAUGAGGAAAAUGUUUUCAUUACGAUGACUAUUUUAUGUUAUGUCUCUUUUAGCUACCUUAAGAUAAACGCACAAACUGUAAGUCGCUCUGGAUAAGAGCGUCUGCCGAAAUUACUCAAAUGUGUUUGGAAAAGUAACUACGUACUGGAAACAGUUUUAGAACAGAAGUCGUUUUCACUUGCCCACUAAUGUCAAUUGCUAUAGCAAAAGCAUAAGGAUACCUGUCAAGAAUACACAACUUUGCCAUAACCGUGAAAAGUAUCAUGGUGUUUGUUGGUGGACUAUUUUGUUUUGUUUUAUGAAAGUGGACAUUGCUCUCCUUGUCAUAAUGCUAUCACAGUGUCAUUGGUGCUUUCAUCCAUGGAGAUCACAGGUCAGACACAUAACAGCACUUUAACAGCGGCCUGUUAAAAUAUAGUUAUUCUAAGUCUCUU